AUGUCCCGAAAGGAGUUACUUGCUCGCCCUCUUACAAAACAUCAGAAAGAAUCAUUUAGGCAGCGCAGAGAUGAUAUUCCUGCAUUAUACGAGGAUUUAACCCAAGAUUCACAACCAUCAUUCAGUGAUUCACAAGACUCGUUUCAGAUGAUGGCAGCAAAUCCAGUGAUAGACAAUGAUGCUACUUCUAUGGGAGAAUGUGUCAGUAUUCCAAGAGAUACAUCAUUUCAGUCCAAAGAAAACAUUCCAUUAAAAAAAUUGUUGACAGACUCCUCAGAUGAUGCCUCUAGAAAAACUGGCAAUAUAAAAAAUGUUAAAUGUUUGAAAACGGUGGUUUCACCAAAAUAUACGGAUCAUUAUACGGGAAAAUCUGAAGCUUUAAUUGUCAAAUCACCAAAGUCAUCACAGCAAAGCCAAAAUGAGGUGGAAGUUAUUGAUAUAUCUCCAAAUUCUCAAAAAACUAGUCCAGUGAAUAAACUUACUUUUAAAGCUGAUGUAGGAAGGCCUACUAAUGCUCCAAUAGUGACAAAUGUAAAAGAAAAUCUUGGUUCUGAAGCCAAGAAAGUAAAAAGUGAAGCUUUUCAUGCAAUGCCACACAUUUUGAAAACAAAGUUUCGCAGACAAAGUCCUGCAUCUACCCAUCAUCCUAUUAAAGUAUGUAUAUCGAAGUUACAAACUGACUCCCCUGAAGUGAAAAGGAUUGUACUAAAGCUUCCUAUAGGAUCACAGAUAAAUAGUGUCAGAGAAAGUAAACAAACACAUGUUAAAAAAAUCAAUGACCUAAUAAAAAAUAUGCAAAAUUUCAGCUCUCCCAAGACUUCCACCUGCGAUGAAAAUGUAUGUGCAUCUUCUCAUAUUGAACAGGAUACCUCUAAUAAAUUAGACAAAAGCAUUAAAUCUAUCUCGAGAGAGAAUGCUGCAGAUACUUUGACAUCAACAAAGAACGGAGAAGCAUCAGAUAAUUGUCAGAAGUCUCCUGCUGUAAAGGAAGAAAACUUAAAUUUAAUUUCAUGUCAAAGAGUAGUGACAUCAAAAGAACAUAGUGAUCCAAAUAUUAAGUCUUCGGAAAGGGACAGAGAUGAAACAACUGAAGUAACUUCUGAAUGUAUUGAGCAAAAUCCUGAGAAACAAAUGGAAAAUGGCAGUAAAGUACUUCCGCCUAAUAAUCAAGUGGUUAGCCCAGCUAAAGUAAUUUUAAAAAGACUAGAAAUAAAUGAUGUAAAUAAUUAUACUUGCAGAGCCUUGCUGUUCAAAGAUCAAGAACAGUCAAGUAGUGAAAUAUUCAAUAAGGAGAGACUAGUAAAACUUUCAAGUGAAUCUGGUAAUAAUGAACUCAAAGCAUCAAAAUUAGAUCUUAAACCUAGUUCCAAUUUGUUUAAUUCUGAUAAGGAUUUGCUUUCUGAAAAAUUGAUUAGUACUAGUUCUGAAGAAGUUGGAAAAUUGGAAAAGGAAUCCCGGGAGCAACAAUCUGUUGAAGUUUUUGUCCCAAAAGAAGUUAUAUCAAAAUCUUGUGUCUCUCAAACACAAGAUAGUGAAUCUACAUCUCAUGCAGAACAGCAUACAAAAACCAAGAUACCUACUCCGUUUUAUCAGACCCGACCAAAAGCAAUAAAAACGUACCAUUUUACUCGCAGUUAUGACAAAAAAAGGUUGAGUAAAAAGAUUGAACAAAAUCAAAUGAGCAAUUCUCCGAAGGAAAAUGUCAUGGCUGAAAAUGUCCUUUCACAAAAGAAAUCAGACGCUGCAGAAAUUGUAAACCAAAGGCAAUUAAAAACCCUCAUACAUGUGCAGAAUUAUCAAAAUAGUUUGUCAUCCUCACAUGAGGCUUCAAACAAGUUGGAUUUUGAGAGUCCCACUUCCACAGCAAAAAAUUCCAAAUAUAAUGCUGUAGAUAAAACAAAAGAAGACAAAUUAGAAGUGAACUGUAGUCGAAUAAUAAAUAUUCCAGCAGAAAUAGAGAAUGUUCAUGCAGAUUCACAGCUUGUAAAUCAUAUUCAGAACUCGUGUUCAAAGUUGUCAGAUGAAAGAGCAGGUGGUAAAAGUAAUCAGAAUAAACUGAACGAUAGCGAGAUUUCUGUAUGUGGUCCAGAGACACGGCAGCAACAAAGUAUUGAUGGAGGAGAAUUGUCUACAACUUCUCCAAAAACUAGUCCCAAUAAACAUGAACCACCAUCUUUAGUUGAAGACACAUGUGCUAAAGAAGUCCAGAAACGAGAAUAUAUGGAAAUAAGAACAGAAUGUUUGCCAGAAGUAGAUAAACCAAACAAAAUGGAACAAGUUAUUGGUGAUUGCUCAAAUCAGGAAUCAAGAGAAAAAAUGCUAGAUGCCAAGUCCAACAGUUCAAAAUCUAUUACACAUUAUUUCCCAAUUAUUCCAGUCCCUGAAUCAUCAACUCCCUCACAUGUAAAUAUUAAAGAUAAAUCUUUAACUAGUAAAAGUUCCAAUUCUGUAAUUUCAGAAUCGGUUGGAGGUGGCCAGAUCAUGAUGGAACAGUUACAGACAUCUGUUUCGGAAAUGCCUCGAAAAAAACUUGAUGAACAUAACAAUGAUUUAAGUAAAAAAAUAUCCAGCACUGUUCCAGACACCUCAUGUAGAGAAGUUUCUUCCCAAAUAUCCUGUGAUAAAGGCGAGUAUGUGAGAUCUCUUUCAUUGAUGCCCCAGAAUGCAAAUUCAGCCGUCCAACCCAAAGCUCAUAAAAUUUCUACUAGAAGUGAUUGGGCAAGAAGAUUUGGCUGCAGAUUAGAAACAGACAUCCCCAAAAACAAUGAUGAUUGUUUCGAGAAAAAUAGUGAUGAAAAUAUGAACUUUUCCAACAAUCUCACUGCAGAUGUAUUAGAUUAUGAAGACGUUGUAGAAAGUUCUCAACCGAAAAAAGUGGUUUUCAAGGAUUGUUGCAUCGCAUUGCCAAAGUUAUCCAUAACACUAGGCAGCAUCUUGAGUGGUGUUGAAGGUGAUCUCACGGUGUCUGAAGAAAUUUCUUCAGGUUUGUUUAGAGUGAUGGAUAAAAGUUGUGAAAAAGGAAAUGAUGCUCAAAUUGAAAGUGCUGAUAAUGUAGAAAAAAGUGAAGAACUAGAAACCCCCAUCUAUGAAACCAGUGAUGAAAUACCUGAAAACACUGCAUCAAUGAACCCGGAUACGAUGCAACAAGUAUCUGUUGUUGAAAAUUUGCCUGUUGAAAUUGAACAAAGUGAUGCUUCUGUAAGAAAUGAUCAUGGAGGGGUUGAUUCUUGUGAAUCCCCUGACAGAAUCCAACUGCUUGAAAAUAAAGAAAAAGACAUUACAAAAUGUUCUGAAUCAUACGAUGAGAAACCAAAAGAUACGGAAAUAAUUGAUCUCACAUUUGAUGAGAGUAAUGAAAGAGAAUAUAUGGAUAUGAAACCAAAUGAGCUACAGGAUGUUUUAAUAGAAACAGAAAAUCCUCUUUCUGUUUCAGAGGAACUUGAUCAAGACAAGAAAAGAAAACGAAAAAGAAAUGAUAAAAUAUGCAAAACAUAUUCAAAAAAGAGACGAAUUAUGCAACUGUAUAGCAACAAUGAAAGUAAUGAAGGAACUGAAGAAUCUUCCACAGAGAAUGCAAAUUUGGAUGGAAUAUCUACUGAUGUAAUCGAAUGCGAACCAAUUUCACAUAAUAAUGAAGAAACUGAGAAAUCCUCUCCAUCCAAGUUCUCGGUUGGUGCUAAUUUGUUAAAUGGCUCUCCCAUGAAAAUUAAAAGAUCCAAACACUUGGUGAGAUCAGAAGAUUCUUCUUCUCCUUCUCGUAAACAUAUGUCUGGAAGAGCUGCCCAUCUAGUUGAUCUUGCUUUAACAAAGAAGUCAAUACACGCAAACAUUGACCUGCCUACCCCUAGUACGUCAUCUGAAGUGGAGCUUGAAGAAUCAAAUCAUGAUGUUAUAUUCUCUUUCAAUGCGGAAGGAGAAGAAGAGAAAUCACCGUGGGUGAGGAGUUCCCCUCAAGCCGAAGCAUCACCUGGCAAAACAAAUCUAAAAAGAAAACAUUCUGUUGAUAAUGGUGAAACUCCCUCGAGAAAAAGUGUAAGAUUUUCGGAUCCUGAAGUUACCAGGAAACUACAUUUUCAGAAGAUUGAAAGUCCAGAAAAAACAACAUUUAGAAUUGUACGAACUAAGAAAGGAAAACUUUAUGUUCAGAAGAAUACAUCGAACACAAAAGAUCGUAUCCGUCGUGUGGAUCGAUCUACGGAACCAAAACCUGUUUGGCCUAAUCUUAAAGAUUGCACAUCUCCUGUUUCGGAUGUCACUGACCAACUUGCAGUUACUGGUGAUUGUAAGGAUAUGCUAAUAUCAUCAUUGGAUUCAAGGCAUAUAUAUACAAUUGGUGAAUUGUGCUCACUCACAGAAAGUGAUAUUGAUGAACUGCCAGUUAAGGCUCCUAAAAUUAUAGUGUUCAAGCUUGUCAUGCAGGCAUAUGAAGAUAGGAUGAAAAAUUUACAGAGCUAUAAAGCUAUUAGACAACAGCGGUUGCAGCAGGAAAACUGUUCUGGUAAUAUUACAUCAACAGAUCUGAAAAAUCAUUUGUCUUCAAUGAGUCGGGAUGCCAUUGUUGAUUUACUGAAGGAAAGUUUGUCAGAGACCGAUUUAAAAGAAGUUGCAGCUAAUUUUAAUACUACUGUGUUAGCAAGUUCAUCAACAUCUAUUGGCGUUUCCACAGAACUUGAAACCGAAGACAAAGCUUCAUCAACAGAUGACAGUAUUUUACAACAGUUAGAUUACUUUUUACCGGAAGCAUUAAAAAAGCAAGAUGAACAAAGUGGACAGAAGAAAAUACUUCUUCAUGUGUUGCAAAUGCUUUUACAUCACUGUGGGGUUUCACAUACUUUCGAAGAAUUUUGGGAAGUAGUCAGCAAUUCUGAUUUUGAACCUCCUAAAGGAAAUGUUAAUGCAGUGAAUCAGUGCUUUAAGUUUCUGCAAUAUUUGUGUACUGGAAGUGCCUUACCCCUUGAAAGAGCCCGUGAGUUCUAUCAAGAUUCUAUUAGACAGUUUGGUGUACAGUCAGUACUGUCAGAAAUAUUGAAGUGUGGUGAAUCGGAACACAAAUCUACAGUUUUUUUGAAGGAUGUAAUGAACUGUAUAAAAGAAAAACUGUGUGCAAAUGAGGAGAGUGCUGCUGAAGUCUUUCAGUGUUUGAUCACUGACAGUUCUAUCCCCCUUGCAAUCGAGCAUUGCACUGCUAAGCAGCUCGUUCCUCAUGUAACAAAUAAGUUUGGAGAUCUAACGGUUUUAGACACUGUUUUAACAGGUUCUACAAUGACUAGAGAGAAAGCAUUAGAUAGUUUAAAAAAAUACUUGUCAUCUGAAGAUGUGGAUGAAAAGAAGUGGAUGGACACCAUUUUCGAGUUAAUUAAUUUAAAUGGUAUUGCAAAGGAUAAACGCAAUUUAAUGUUGACUCUAUUAAAUAGUGCUAUUGACCUGGUAAGGUACAAGUAAUUACAAUUACUUGUAUCAGAUUGGCAUUUGUAUAUUUUAAAAUAUAUAUGUAUAGUUUCUUCAAAGAAUAGUCAUGGAAACAAAUCAGAAUUGCUGGUUAUCCAUGAAUUGUACAUAAUGUAAGUAGGAAAAUAAUUAACAAUAUAAAGCAAGAAAUGUAAAAAAAUAUAUAUUUUACCACAAUUUCAUGAUACAAAUAUACAAAUGAAAAAUUUUCAUUCAAAAAUUUCAGGCAAAAUGCUUCUAGAAUCAUGCCAUUCAAAUUGUAAAUGAAGAUACUGAUAGAAACAGAAUAACAAGUGUAUAAUAAUAAUAUACUUGAAGGAUCUUCAGUAGUUGACUGCUGUUUUUAUUUAUUAACAGUACCUAGACAUUUGAGAAAGUUGGUCAAAUUUUAUUCAUUUUAAGGUCCAAUAUUUUCAUGGAAUUUUUGUGUUUGUAAGUAAGUUUUAAACCUUUGUCUCGGAAACAAAGGUCUGUUGGACUCUGGGCUCUCUCCAAGGAUUGUUUAUGACAAACUAAAACUUUCUGACUGCUUUUUUGUGCCUGUGUUUCAAGUCCUUUUGUGUUCUUUUUGGUAAGAAACAAUUGUUUAUGUUCUUGAAUUCUCUGCAACAAUCCAAACAAUUAUAUUAGUUUAUCAAUUCAAAGGGUCAAAGAUUUCAUGUAUGUCAUCACGUUGAAGAGUAUCUUCACUGUUACAUAGAUUUAUUUGAACUGUGCUAAAUUUCAGCUGAAAGAAUGAAAAUCACACAGACAAAACUUCGUAAUGAUCAAAUAUUGCUGCUUUUAGGAGAGAUUUUAGAAAUGAAAAUUCAUAUUAUCAGAACUCUGCCAAAAAAAGAAAGAAAGAAUAGAAACACAUUAUGAGGCAGUCUGGCAAUCAUUGCUUCCCGGGUGUGUUUCAUCAAUAGCUUGCCUGGAGAAGAGUUAAUUACAGUGAUAUUAAAAUUGACACCUUGUUGAAUUAAGUAAUUUUUUUAAUUAUAACUACCUUCAGGCCAUUUUAAAUCAACUUGCUAACGCAAUUUCCACUUCUUUAUAGUACAGUAGAACCCCAGUAUUCUGAACUAAUUGAGGAUGUGAUAUGUUUGGAUUCAGGAAUAUUCAGAUUAUCCAAAAAAAAAUUAUUGUACAUACACAAAUACAUUUGUAGAAUUACCUGAUACUGCAAUGUGAGAAAAUGGCAACAUAGCAUAAUGACAAGAAGUAGCAAUGUUGCAAACAACAGUACAGUAUGUACAUAACUGGUCACAUGCGGUAGUAGCUAGUUUGUUCAGAAGAGUUAAAGCACUGUUCGUGUCGCUGCUAUUAACGGGUACUCUGCAUACAGUAUUCAGAAUUCGGUUGACUUGCACUGUGUUCGUGCUUUUUCUUUCAUUAAUUAAAUUAAUACAAAUCUGUUUUUAUUCUUUAUUUCCUCCAUCCCAAAUUUUGUCGGAUUAGUGGGGUUCUUUCUACUGUUUGAUUUCUUUUUUAAGUUUAAAAAAUUCUGAAUUUCUAGAAAGUUUUCAUUACUUUACUUUUUUGUUAUGAUUGCCUUGAUGAUAUUUGUUCAUGAAGGAGCCUUAAAAAAGAAAUACAUUAAUUAUUGAUGAAAAUGGAAUUCUAAAGUGCAGCAAGAUCAAUAACUCAUAUAUAAAUGUACUCUGUAAAUAUUAUCCCCCAAGAGUUACAGGCUUUUUUCAUGACAGUUUUGCACAGAAAUAAAAUUCUUUAUAGGUAUAUUUUGAGUACGAAUGUGUGUUGUAUGUGCAUUAUGUUAUUGAUAAAAGAUACAAAAAAUUACUCACCACACUUGUUAAAGAAAAGUCUACUCAUAAACUGACUGAGAAAAAUGUAUAUUUUCUUGCUUAGAUCCCAAGAAACUGAACAAAUAAACUUCCAUGGAUUUCAACACUUUCUCAACGUCAUUAGUUAGCAAUUAAAUACGUUGAUCUGCAAAUUCAAGCACUUGAUUUUAUUUAAUUAAUUUAUUUAUUAUUAUUAUUAUUAUUUUUAAAGGAUAUGUAUAUAAUUUUAUAAGUUGAUUUUGAAUAUAAUUAUUUUUGAAAGAGAAUUAUUGAUAGUUCUUGAGAAAAUAUACUAGGGAAAAGGGUUCAUGAAUGCAUUUUGUCCAGAUGACUUUAAGUGUUUCACUUUUUGAAAACAACUUGAUUUUGUUUAUUUGUUCUUCAUGAAUGACUAAGAAUACUGUUAGUUGUGAAAUCUUAAAUAUUUUUUUAUUUAAUUGACCUGCAGGUACCGUAAAAUGGUUUAAUGACUUACACAGGUAUGCUUGUGGCUAAGCAUGUAUCAUUCAAUGAAAGAACUUCAUUAAAUGUUUAUUGGGCCUACUGAAACAAUUAGUUGAAAAUGUAAUAAAAUCUUGUUUGGGAACAUACUUUACUAAUUAAUCCGCAACUAAGACUGUUUCGGUAACACUCAAUUAACAGAUUUAUAUUUUCUAUUAAAAUCUUUUAAUGUGGCUUUGAUUGCAUGCAUAACACCUGUAUUGGGGAAACCUUGUAUAUAAGAUGUUUUCUACAUACCUGCUUCAUAAUGAGAAUUGAAAGCAAUAUUAUGAAUGUAUAAGUUGGAAAUAAUUACAAUAUAAUAACAAUUCUUAAAUUACAUUUUUCCAUUUUGUAUUUAGUAAUCACCCAUAUUUAUUCUUACUAUCAAUUAAGAAAAAACUUGAACAAUAGAAUUUCAUGCACAGUUUUGGUUUUAUGCUUUUCUGCCCUUAUGGCUAGUAGAUACGCGGAGUAAGCCAUAUUGUUAUCCUGUUGUUGAAAGUAUGGUUAUCAAUAUUGUUUUUCCUUUCUUGAAAAUCUGUAAUUUUUGUUUUUUUCCCUCCUUUCUCCUUUGGCUUUUUCUUUCUUCCCUGAUGUUGUUCAAUAUCUAUUGACAUUGCUUAUCCUUUUAGGUUACAGUAAUGCACACGUAUCAUAUUAUCCAAAACAGUUGCACAAGUUCUGUUAACUUUGUCUUGUGGCAAUUGAAAAAAAUCCCCAAUCCUACAGAUCUUUUAACCAAGUUUGUCCCAGUGAAUUUUUGCCUUGAGAAAGAUCAGAGUUAAAUAAAUAGCUAUCUUAGUUGUUGAGAUGUUACAUGGCAAGGAGCUAAAAUUGUCUAUGUAACAAUUUUUGUAAAAUUCAUAUUAUAGUAACUUUGAACUUAAUUAUUAAUAAUCUACACAAGCUAAAAUAGUCUUAAUGCAAAUUGUCUGCAAUUGACUUGAAUCUGAAAAAAGAAAAAUUUAGAAUUGAUGUAUAUUUUGAUUUGUAAGCAAUUUAAGUAAUAUCUGUUAUUGAAUAUGCAAUGUUAAUUCUACCUCCUACCUACUUUAAAUUUGCUACUUAUACUUAAUACCUACUUUCAAUUUGUAAAAAUUUCACUAAACAUACUAUAAUAAUGUUCACGUUAAUGAAACAAGUUUCACUACUUUUCUGCUAUUUGUAAUACUUUAGCUCCAGUCAAGCCAAAAGUUGUAGAAAAAAUUGUUAGGCUUUCCUCUGAUAACACAGGCCUGUGAAAUUGAUGUUUUUGAAAAAUACAAGAAGUUUUCACUGAUGUUGAAAAUGACCUCCAUUUUUUUCCCAUUACUUUAGGAUUUUUUUAUAUAGUGGACAUCAAUAUUUUUCCUAAAGUUCUAUUUGAGAAGGAAUU